CCCAAAGAAAUGGGCUGAGAAACCCGACCCAAAGGGAAGACGCAAGCAAAAACCCUUGGUCUUGAUCUCUAUCCCGCGCCUGGUUUCUUUCUCUGUAUGUUGCUUUGUCGCACGCAGUCUCGCCUCCGUUUUCAAACUUCAGCACCAGACAGCUUCCGCCACCUCUCAGACAUGGCGAGCGAGGGUGGCAACAAGAGCUUCGCGCGUCGUGACCGUCUGCGCGAGAUCGAAUCGAAUGUACAGAAAUGGUGGGAAGAGAAAGAUGUCUUCAGAGCCGAACCGGGCGAGAAGCCCCCUUCGCCCGGCGAGAAAUUCUUCGGCAACUUCCCCUUCCCUUACAUGAACGGCUACCUCCACCUCGGCCACGCCUUCUCCCUCUCCAAACUCGAGUUCUCCGCCGCCUUUCACCGCCUCCGCGGCGCCAACGUCCUCCUCCCCUUUGCCUUCCACUGCACCGGCAUGCCCAUCAAGGCCUCCGCCGACAAACUCACCCGCGAGAUCCAGCGAUUCGGCGACCCGCCCGUCUUCCCCUCCUCCGAAAUCGAAGAAGAGCCACAACAACAACAGCAAGAACAAGAUGAACCUUCUUCUGGCGAUGGUGCUCCUCCUGAUAAAUUCAAAAGUAAAAAGUCAAAGGCUGCUUCGAAGUCAACGGGGCAGGCUUACCAGUGGGAGAUUAUGCGUAGUGUAGGGAUUUCCGAUGCUGAGAUUUCGAAAUUUCAGGAUCCUUAUAAGUGGCUUUCGUAUUUUCCACCUCUGGCUGUUGAGGACCUUAAGGCUUUUGGAUUAGGUUGUGAUUGGAGAAGGUCUUUUAUUACAACCGAUAUUAACCCUUAUUUUGAUUCGUUUGUGAGGUGGCAGAUGAGGAAGUUGAAGUCCAUGGGGAAGGUUGUGAAGGAUGUGAGGUAUACUAUUUUUUCUCCAUUGGAUGGUCAACCUUGUGCUGAUCAUGAUAGGGCUAGUGGUGAGGGAGUUCAGCCUCAAGAGUACACUAUUAUUAAGAUGGAGUUGAUUGCUCCUUUUCCUGAAAAAUUUAAGGUGUUGGAGGGAAAGAAGGUGUUUCUUGCUGCUGCAACUUUGAGACCUGAGACAAUGUAUGGUCAAACCAAUGCUUGGGUGUUGCCGGAUGGGAAGUAUGGGGCUUUUGAAAUCAAUGACAGUGAGGUGUUUGUUCUUGCUCACCGAGCUGCGCUUAAUCUUGCCUACCAGAACCGCUCGCGGGUUCCGGAGAAACCAUCUUGCUUGCUUGAGCUCACUGGCCGUGACUUGAUUGGACUUCCAUUGAAGUCUCCACUUUCCUUCAAUGAGGUCAUUUAUGCGCUUCCCAUGUUGUCUAUUUUGAUGGAUAAGGGUACUGGGGUUGUCACCAGUGUGCCCAGUGAUGCUCCCGAUGACUACAUGGCUUUGCAUGAUUUGAAGGCAAAACCCGCGCUCAGGGAGAAGUUUGGGGUUAAGGAUGAGUGGGUGUUGCCGUUUGAGAUUGUGCCCAUCAUUGAGGUUCCGCAGUUUGGGAAUAAAUGUGCCGAGACGGUUUGCUUGCAGAUGAAAAUCAAAAGCCAAAAUGAUAAGGAAAAACUUGUAGAAGCCAAGAAGCAAACGUACUUGAAGGGUUUCACUGAAGGGACGAUGAUUGUUGGGGAAUUUACUGGGAGAAAAGUUCAGGAAGCUAAGCCCUUGAUUAGAAACAAGCUUUUAGAAACAGGCCAGGCUAUUAUCUACAGUGAACCAGAGAAACGGGUGAUGUCAAGAUCUGGCGAUGAGUGUGUUGUAGCUCUCACAGAUCAGUGGUACAUUACAUAUGGAGAAUCAGAAUGGAAGAAGCUAGCUGAGGAGUGCCUUUCUAAUAUGAGCCUGUAUUCUGAUGAGACACGACAUGGAUUUGAGCACACUUUAAGCUGGUUGAACCAGUGGGCUUGCUCACGAUCGUUUGGUCUUGGGACUCGCAUACCAUGGGAUGAACAGUUCCUAGUUGAGUCUUUAUCAGAUUCCACCAUUUACAUGGCUUAUUACACUGUUUCACACCAUUUGCAGAAUGGUGACAUGUAUGGAUCCAGCGAGUCUGCCAUCAAACCUCAACAACUGACUGAUGAUGUCUGGGAUUAUAUUUUCUGUGGUGGACCAUAUCCCAAGUCAACUGAUAUAUCAUCAUCCCUUUUAGAAAGAAUGAAGCGUGAGUUUGAAUAUUGGUAUCCAUUUGAUCUUCGAGUCUCUGGUAAGGAUCUCAUCCAGAAUCAUCUUACCUUCUGCAUUUACAACCAUACUGCAAUUAUGGCCAAGCAUCACUGGCCUCGUGGGUUUAGAUGCAAUGGACACAUUAUGCUCAAUUCUGAGAAAAUGUCCAAGUCCACUGGAAAUUUCAGGACACUGCGUCAGGCAAUUGAGGAGUUUUCUGCCGAUGCUACUCGAUUCUCUUUGGCCGAUGCUGGUGAUGGUGUUGAUGAUGCAAAUUUUGUGUUUGAGACUGCAAAUGCUGCAAUUCUCCGGCUCACCAAAGAGAUUGCAUGGUAUGAAGAUAAUCUGGCAGCAGAAUCUUCCAUGAGAACUGGUCCCCCGUCUACUUAUGCUGAUCGUGUGUUUGCCAAUGAGAUUAAUAUUGCUGUCAAGACAACUGAGCAAAAUUACUCCAACUACAUGUUUCGAGAAGCUCUCAAGACUGGGUUUUAUGAUCUUCAGGCUGCUAGGGAUGAGUAUAGAUUCUCAUGUGGGGUUGGGGGUUACAAUCGUGACUUGGUGUGGCGUUUUAUGGAUGUGCAGACUCGUCUUAUAGCACCCAUCUGUCCACAUUAUGCAGAAUUUAUUUGGAGAGAGCUUUUGAAGAAGGAUGGUUUUGUGGUGAAUGCGGGCUGGCCAACAGCUGAUGCUCCUGAUCUCACACUGAAGAGUGCCAAUAAAUAUUUGCAGGACUCAAUUGUUUUGAUGAGGAAGUUGCUUCAGAAGCAACUUUCGGGCUCAAAGAAAGGUAAUAAGAAAGGUCCUCCAGCUGCAUCAGUGACAGAAAACAAGGUGACAGGCUUGAUAUAUGUAAAUGAACAGUUUGAUGGUUUGGAAGCCGAUUGCCUGAGUAUCCUUCAGAACAAAUUUAACAGAGAUACGCGAACUUUUGCUCCAGACUCAGAGAUAUUGCAGGCUUUACAACAGAGUUCUGUAGGUCAAUCUUCUAAUUAUAAACAAAUCCAAAAGCGUUGUAUGCCUUUCUUGAGGUUUAAGAAAGAGGAAGCAAUUGCACUUGGGCCUCAAGCCCUGGAUUUGAGAUUGCCGUUUGGUGAAAUUGAGGUUCUUAAGGAAAACUUGGACUUGAUCAAGAGACAGAUAGGUCUAGAAGAUGUGGAAAUUUUAUCUGCAGCAGAUGUUGAUUCCUUGGCCAGAGCUGGACCACUAGCUUCUUUACUAAAUCAAAAUCCUCCAUCUCCGGGAAAACCAACUGCUAUCUUUUUAACUCAGUAGCUACUGGAUCCGAGGAAAAGUUUACAGAAGUGACGUUUGAGAUUGUAGUUGUAAAACUCGGAUUCGGAUCCCCUACAGGUAGGAAAAUAACUGCACGAGAUGCAGUUUCAUCUUUUACCAAUUACAAUACAUUCUUUUAAUUAUGUUAGUCUAUUAAAUAUUGGCCGAGAUUGAUUACAGUUGAAAAAUGAACUGCAGAUCUGAUCCGUAAAAACCACUAGCUAGCUCGCUGUCAUUGGUAGGACGAAAACCGAAAAACAAGGGGACCUUCCAACAAUUCAUGUAUCAAGUUCGAAUUAUAAUUUACAUAAUUAUUGCAAGCGGUGGAUAAUAGAUAAAGUAGAGUUUAAAAUGCAAGAAGCCAAGAGGCUCAUGACAUGAAACGGUGAACAGAGAUGAAA